CAGCAAAGCUUUUGCGUUUUACUAUGGUGGAUUUUUGAUCACUUGGUGGCGCCAUUUUAUAGUCUCAGAAAAACCAGCAUGGCAGACGAAGAAGGAGAUGUGGACAAUUUUGAGGAUGGCUUCGAGGACGAUGUGGAUGAUGAACCAUUGGAGGACAUGCAAGAUGUUGAGGAGGAAGGAGGAGAAAACAUUGACGUUCUACCAGCCGGGGAGGGACAGCAACAGACUGAGAGGAUUACAACCCCCUAUAUGACCAAAUAUGAGCGGGCUAGGGUGCUUGGCACACGGGCGCUGCAAAUAGCGAUGAAUGCGCCAGUCAUGGUGGAGCUGGAAGGAGAAACAGACCCCUUGCAGAUAGCCAUGAAGGAGCUCAAGGCCAGGAAAAUCCCCAUCAUCAUCCGACGGUAUCUGCCGGACGGGAGCUAUGAGGAUUGGGGGAUUGACGAACUCAUCAUUGACCAGUAGCACCAAUUCCUUGAAUUCUGUUACCGUUUUUAAGUGAAAAGAUACAAGACUGGUGGGGCUGGACACGGCAAGAUCUGUAAUUCCAUUCAGAAGACUAGUGUUACAGUGAACAACUGCAACGUGAUUGGCUCCCCAUGAAUACUUGUGCUAAUAACGAGGGUCACUGCCACUUUCCAAAUUUUCCCCCAAUACCCCAGUGAGCAAAACUGAUGGUCUCAGGGUUUGGUUUGUAGGCUCUUGGCAAAGUUCUGGACUGUGAUGGUAUCGUUUCCCCAUCAAGUUGCAAAAGUUGCCUUUUUAAGUCUUAACUGGUCAUCGAAAUGAAGGACUACCAACUGACCCAACCAUACCCCAGAAUUUACUGACAUUUUUAGGCCUUUGGCUGCUACUGAACUGUUUGCCAUUUUGCUUUCAAUCAUGGCUUGAAACGUAAAGUAAGUUCUUCAAAUCACUUGCUGUAAAUAUCAUAAAUGAAUCAAGUAUCCCAUUUUUGGAGUCCGUACUUGGCUCAUUCUGGCUAUAUUUCCAUUAAGUACUUUUAUCAUUUAAGGUGGGAUUUGGACAUAGCGUACCUGCUCGUAUUUUCAGUUUUAUUUUUUAAUAAGACAGUCACGUUCUUGGUUGAAGGACA